CAAAGCAGAAGUGUGAGAAUGCUGCACGUGCAGCUGUAUAUUAUUGCAAAUUCACGCUCGACGCCCGUGCGCCGAGUCGAUAGGCGCCAGCGGGAUGAUUCAAAAAAGAACCAUCCCUAGCCCGUAAUCUCCGUAGGUGCGAGAGGCCUGGUGCAUUUUACUGAAUUUCAAACCCACAAGCAACCCGAACGAUAAUCACUUGCUCUAGCUUAUCCUGGUUUGCCGAAAGUUUUAGCUCGGCGCUCAACUUAAGCGCAAUCCUCAAGGCUCUCAGCGCUAAUGAUGCUUUGAUUUGAAUUCAAUGUGAAGUUGCCUCCAAGUCAGAUUGUCCCAAAGAGGAAGUUGUGGUACUCGAUGCACACGAGUUGCCGAACAUUCAUCUCUCCUGAACUACCAUCUCGGACUCCCUUAUUCGUUUGCUAAAUGCUUACUCCCCUGGCGGUACUUUUAGCUGUCGCACUUCUGCUUGGAAGAGGCCUAGUGUGGAUUGUGAAUCUCCUGGUUGUUCUUCCACUAUUUGAUCCCCUCAGAAAGCUCCCUGGCCCCACUGGUCCCUUCUUCUUCAGUCAUAUUCAACGGGUCGUAGAUCCUGAUUUCAGCGCCACACAACACGAAGAGUGGAAAAAGCAGUAUGGAAAAACUUUCAGAUAUCAUGGAUCCGGAAAGUUUGAUUAUCGCUUGAUGACAUUCGACCUUCGCGCCGUCUCUCAUAUCCUCAUGUCUCCCAUAUACCAAAAACCGAGAGUCACCCGUACAUUCCUUUCUACAAUGCUUGGCAAAGGCAUAUUCACAACUGAAGGCGCUGAACAUACAUUUCAGAGAAAGAUAAUAGGUCCUGCUUUUACCUUACAGUCCAUCAAGACGCUCACCCCGAUAUUCCUACGAACGGCUGAGGAACUCCACGACAAAUGGGAGGGAAUGUUAUCCAAUGGACAAGAAACCAUCGAUGUUUGUCAUUGGAUUUCUCGCGCAACAUUCGAUGCUUUCGGUAUGGCUUGCCUUACCUAUAACUUUUGUUCCAUCCAUGGGGAAACAGAGGAACUAUAUCUUGCAUUCCGGCGAAUGUUCGAUUUAGCGGAUAAGAAGGGUAUCCUGCGUAUACUCAUUCCAAUGUUGGACAAAAUUUGGCCGGAUAAAAUAGCCCGCUCAGUGCUAGAAAGCCGCCAAGUGAUAUACGCCACAGGGCGGAGGUUGAUAUCUGAGAAAAAAUCAACGAUCCUGGAUCAAAAAUUAUCUUCGAAUGGACCUACUGAAAAGGAUCUUCUCAGUUUGCUCAUACAGUCUAAUAUUUGUAACGACGACUCUACCAAAACCCUUUCCGACCCAGACCUUCUUGACCAAAUAUCUUCUUUCUUCUUUGCUGGAUCCGAUACAACGGCGUUGUCCUUGUCAUGGUGCCUAUACUUCCUUGCAUUACAUCCCGAUAUUCAAACUCGCCUGCGUGAAGAAUUGACGCACCCGACCGCUCCCCCACAAAGUUCAAAUUCAGAAGAUCGAGCUUACGACGUUCUUGACUCGUUCCCCCUUCUUGACAGUGUGGUUCGAGAAACACUGCGGCUCGCCCCUCCGGUCCACGGUACUCUGCGUGUAGCCACCCAGAAUGAUCUGAUCCCUGUCUCAGAACCCGUCGUCCUGACUAAUGGCACGCUCGUCUCACCCGGAGAGCAUAUCAAGAUACGAAAGGGAAGUAUCAUACACAUUCCAAUCGAGGGUCUGAAUUUCGCUAAAGACAUCUGGUCUGAAGAUGCUUUGGAAUUCCGUCCUGAUCGAUGGAAUUCAUUACCUCCCGCUGCUCAGCCUCCACACUUCCCUGGCCUGGCCAAUCUAAUGACAUUCUCAUUUGGUCCAAAUUCGUGUCCUGGAUAUCGCUUUACAAUUACAGAGAUGAAAGCUUUCCUCAGCACAAUACUUCCGCGUUUCACUUUCGCCCUACCGGAAGGGCAAAGUAUAGGCAAACGCAAUGGGUUGUUUACCCGACCGUUUGUCAGAGGAAAGUCUAAGAUGGGUGUACAACUUCCCCUGAUUGUGAAACGUGUGGAUGAGUGCAACCCAGCAUAAACUGCACCAUGUAAUCCACUUAUUGCAUAUGUACACGGUUUCUUGAUACCACAUUCUAUGUAUACAAUUGGGAUAAUAUCAUACUGGCUAUCGUAAAUUAAAGCAGCGGUUCGAACA